GGUAUAGAUAUAUGACGUGUGUUAGGGCCCUAAAACUAUUUUGUAUGCCAACCAAUUGGAAACGUUUUGCAACUUUUUUCUUCUUCUACUAAUACUCUUGAAGUCUCUCUCUCUCUUGAAGUCAGUGGCAAAAAAAAAGUCUUGUGUUUUCUUGACUGUCAUAAAGACUGUCGGAUGAGAUGUGAGAGAAGAGAAACAAUUUGUUUUUAUAGAAGAAGUGGAAGAAGAAGAGAUUAGAAGAAGUUUUCUUCGUUGUUUGUGGCCAUCAAUUGACCGCUAAUUUAACAAUUUGACUGUCAGUUGUCUCUCACUUCUUGGAAAGAGAGAGAAAAAGARAGAAACUUCUGGUGAUCUUCAAAAUAAAAAAACUAUAACCACUUGUGUGUGUCGUCAUUGUCGUCGGCAGUGAUAUAUAAUGAAGACACAAACUGUUUGCCGAUAUUGUCUGUUAGCCGCUAUAGUAUUACCAUCGAUGAUGAUAUCUMUCGUCCARCCGUUGGUCAUAUCCAGUGUUUACGCGGGUAAGAAAAAAUUCAAAACCUAUUCGUUUGAUACGCCGCUACUGCCGGCCAUAGUUAAGGUACAGCCAAACAAAUUUCAUCUGACUUUCCGGCAAAACAAAUACUUGAGAACACCUCAGUUCAAGAUCGAGGGUACGAUACCGUUGAAAGCGCCGACUGUUGUCAAAGAAAAGCCGGUAAAAGAUCCGAAUCCAGUGGUCAACGAAUAUAAUUUUGGCCAAAUGGAUGCCCUCAGAGAACCAUUAUAUUCAUCGGCAUCGUCGUCAUCAUCAUCAGCGACAGCAUCCCAUCAGAGCUAUGAACCAUUGAGACCGCCGAGGCGUGAGAGUCGACAACCAUCAGCAGUAGCAGCGGUUCCGAGGCUGCAGAAGAAGAUCAAUAUUGGCGAACAUUAUAUGCCGAGCGGUUCGCACGACAGUCCAACUUACGUAGAAAAGCCGACCUACGAUCCCGAUGAAGCUGCCGCUGGCGGCGGCGACAGUGAUACCAGUGAACCCGAUGAAGGAUCAAUUAGUUUCAGUUUUAGCGGUCCGCACGGCGGCGACGAAGUACCCGCCGGUUAUGAACAACGAAUCAAAGACAUGCACGAAGAACUCAAGAACCAUCCGCACCAUUUGCCGCCGGGUCUSGACGUAUCGCAAAUACAUAAAUACUAUACGGCCUAUUCGUUUACCGAUCCAUUGAUGUCAAACUAUGGCUAUAAGGCUGCCUACGGACCGCUAGCUGUACUCAAAAGUAAACUGAAAAGUUGGACAAAAUUUAUUUAA